AUGAGACUUAUCAUGACCAUUUCACUAAUUCAAUCAACUACUUUGGUUUUUAAUUUCUCAAAAAAAUGGCUAAUCAAAAAAAAGAUUCAGAUGUCUUUUCCGGAAAAAAACCACGACGUUCAUUACUUAAGAAUAUACGUUGUCUACAAUAACAACAACCAGAUAGGAAUUUACCCUCAGAAAACAAAAAGAUCCCGCAAAAAUCAGAAGAUUGUGUCUUUCAUGACUGAUAUAGUCAUGAAAGUCACAAUUCAAUUCACAGUUCAUACUAUUUUCAACGUUACAUUUGGUUUAGCUGCACAAGAGAUAUUCCAAUAUAAUAAGUCAGAUUCCUUUAAUGACGAGGACGAGGACGAGGACGAGGACGAGGACGAGGACGAGGACGAGGACGAGGACGAGGACGAGGACGAGGACGAGGACGAGGACGAGGACGAGGACGAGGACGAGGACGAGGACGAGGACGAGGACGAGGACGAGGACGAGGACGAGGACGAGGACGAGGACGAGGACGAGGACGAGGACGAGGACGAGGACGAGGACGAGGACGAGGACGAGGACGAGGACGAGGACGAGGACGAGGACGAGGACGAGGACGAUGAUGAUGAUGAUGAUGAUGAUGAUGAUGAUGAUGAUGAUGAUGAUGAUGAUGAUGAUGAUGAUGAUGAUGAUGAUGAUGAUGAUGAUGAUGAUGAUGAUGAUGAUGAUGAUGAUGAUGAUGAUGAUGAUGAUGAUGAUGAUGAUGAUGAUGAUGAUGAUGAUGAUGAUGAUGAUGAUGAUGAUGAUGAUGAUGAUGAUGAUGAUGAUGAUGAUGAUGAUGAUGAUGAUGAUAAUAAAUAAUAUAAAUAAUAAAUAAUAUAAAUAAUAAAUAAUAAUAAUAAAUAAUAAUAAUAAUAAUAAUAAUAAUAAUAAUAAUAAUAAUAAUAAUAAUAAUAAUAAUAAUAAUAAUAAUAAUAAUAAUAAUAAUAAUAAUAAUAAUAAUAAUAAUAAUAAUAAUAAUAAUAAUAAUAAUAAUAAUAAUAAUAAGUAACCACACGGAGUACAUGAGAAAUAAAACAUAUCUCAUUUGCUAACUUAAACUUAGAGGUAGAUAUUGAAAACGUAUAAUAAACUUAUUCGGCUUGGCUAAAUAGGACAUCGGAAUUAUUAGGUCUCGCCUUGUUGUCUAUCUCCUUGCGUAUUUUUAAAUGCCGAAAGCCUCAUUGGUCGGCGCUUAUUUACAAGUAUUUCCUUAACCCCGGGGCGCUUAUUCGACAGGGGCGCUUAACGGGCACGAGGCGCUUAAUCUGUCAUUUACGGUAGAUAAUUUCAGUAACAACUCUUUUGUAUUGUAAAUGAUGUUAAUUUAUCAUCUUAAAUGUCUUUGAUAUUUAACAGCAACAUAACGAUUAUAUAUGAAUUAAAAGAAGCAAAUUAAGAACAGAUCACAUAUUUAUUAAUUGUUUAGGAAGGACUGGGUUUUUUCGAUAACUUUUGUUUUUCAGCAAAAUUACAAUUUUAGUCUUAGCCGGAACCUCUAAAAGUAUUAAAAACAAUAAAAAGGAAUUUAAAAAAAAUUUCGUUCUUUAGCUCUAUCUCAAAAAUAGACAACAACAUUAGUUGGUCAGUGCUAGUUGGUACGCUGCAAACGUUUUAUAUUGGCCGAGUAACCAACGUUGAAAAUACCCAGCAGCAUUGUACCCCUAUACGUCAGGGGCAGAUUUAGCUAUGGUGUACUGGUGUAAAUACACCAGAAAAAAAUUAGGCGUAGUGAGCCUUUUGCUCUUUGAUUUUUACGCCCAUUAUUAAAAUGAACUAGAAUAACGGCCGCCCAACGUCCAUCGCCGCGUAUAGAACUGAUUUUGGCCUGAUGACCCAGAUAUGUUUCUACAAUAUGACGUUGCGUAUUAAGGAGAAUGUGACAUUUUUAAUCUUGUUGUAUAUAUCUUGCCAAUUAAUUUAUUGGGUUAUCUGUUUUGAUUGUGAAACACCACAUUAAGUACAUUUAAUUAUAAUUUUGAAACUUUUCUUCAGGGUCAAUUUAAUGGCUUGGUGUUGCUAAAUAUCCACAACGAGAUGAAAAUAAAUUUA